UCUUCUUCCUCCUCCUCCUCCUCCAGUGAGUUCAGCAGCUCUCAUCACUCUCCACUACAGUUUACUACAGUCCACAGACUGGUAUGUGCUUCCGCCGGACUUUUCUUCAGUCAUGAUUCGGGUUUCUUCGCCCGUGUUCGUGUUUCUGCUGUUUGCGCUCCAGGCGGCUGCUUGGGUGGGAGCCAACUCUGGAGAAAAGCUCAUCCGAAAAAGAAGACACUGGAUUACUCCGCCAAUAACUCUGACAGAAAAUGUAGACUAUAGAGAGCGCAAAUCUGUUGCCAGGAUUCAUUCAGAUUAUGAUAAUGGCAAAGGGAAUAUUCUUUACUCCCUGAAAGGCAUUGGGGCAAGCCGACAUCCUUUCCAUGUGUUUGUAGUUGAUCCCAAUACUGGACUCAUUCGUGUGACCAGAGUGCUUGACAGGGAGUACAUUAGCAUGUACAAUCUGACAGGUGUUGCUCAGUUCAGCAAUGGCAGUGUGGCAGAGGAGGAUAUUGACAUAAUAUUCAGGAUUGUAGAUGAGAAUGACAACGCACCAGUGUUUGUAGACAUGAAGCCUGCAGAGGUGGAAGAGCUCAGUCCUGCAGGGACUUCAGUUAUGCAAGUUCUCGCAACUGAUGCUGAUGAACCAGGGAAUAACAAUACUUCGAUAGCUUACAGUAUCAUAGACCAGAAGCCACCUGAUGACAUGUUCUACAUGCUCCGUAAUGGGUCCAUCUACGUCAGCAAAGCUUCGCUGGAUAGAGAGAAAACAGAUCAGUACAUUCUGACAGUGAAAGGUCAAGACCAAAAUGGUAAACCACAGGGCAAAACGGCAACCAGCACUGUUACCAUUAAUGUACGCGAUGUGAACGACAAUCCUCCCACUCUGGAAAAAGAUGAGUAUGUGGCAAGCAUUGAUGAGAACACACAAGGUGUGGAGGUGUUGAGAAUUAAAGCAGAGGACCUGGACCAGAACCACACCGGAAACUGGGACGCUGUUUUUGAUAUUGUUGAAGGCAAUGAUGACGGGUACUUCAGCAUUAAAACAGACCCCAACACCAACGAGGGCAUCCUAAGGCUUGACAAGCCUGUGGAUUAUGAGAAUGUGAAAGACCUUAACCUAGGGCUAGUUGUCAGGAACAAGAAUCCACUGGUUGGUGGACCUGGAGGUGGAGCAGGGGAUGGAGAUGGAGAAGGAGAAGGAGCAGGUGGAGGAGGUGGGGCAGGGGGUGGAGGAGGAGCAGGUGGAGGAGCAGGUGGAGGAGGUGGACCAGGGGCUGGUGGAGGAGCAGGUGGAGGAGCAGGUGGAGGAGGUGGACCAGGGGCUGGUGGAGGAGCAGGUGGAGGAGCAGGUGGAGGAGGUGGACCAGGGGCUGGUGGAGGAGCAGGUGGAGGAGCAGGUGGAGGAGGUGGACCAGUGGGUGGAGGAGGUAAGCCAGGGGGCGGAGGAGGAGGGAAGCCAGGGGGAUCAGGUAAACCAACUGGUGCAGGAGCUCGUCCUGGUAAAUCACCAAGUAGGAAAAAAUUGAAAACCUAUCCCAUCAAAAUUGACGUGAAGAACCUGCCUGAUCCACCACGAUUUAAUCCCAAAGUCAAAGAUAUUCCCGUCUCAGAGGGAGGCGACACCAUCAACCUGAACGACGUUGUUGCCACCUACACUGCAAUCGAUGGAGACACUGGGAAACCGGCAAAGAACGUCAAGUAUGCCAAAGGCUCCGAUCCUGACAACUGGCUAUCCAUCGACCCAGAAACUGCUGAGAUCAGACUGAACAAGAUUCCUGACAGAGAAUCCCCAGCCCUGGUCAACGGGACAUAUAUUGCUAAAGUACUCGCCAUUUCAGAAGACACACUAGCAAAAACAGCCACCGGCACCAUAGCCAUCCAGGUAGAAGAUGUUAAUGACAACUGUCCCAUCCUGACCAAUAACUUCCAGACAAUUUGUACCACAGUGGAAGAGGUUGUUGUGACUGCCCUUGAUGAGGAUGGGGACCCUAAUGGAUCUCCUCUUGACUUUGUCAUUGUCCCAGAAGGCACUCGGGGAAAAUGGCAAUUGGAGCAUCUUAAUGGCACUGCAGCUAUCUUGAGAGCUGAGGAGUCUGUGUGGCCUGGUUACUAUGAGGUGGAAUUUGUGGUGAGGGACCAGCAGGGAGUUGCUUGUCCUCAGCCACAGAAACUGAAGAUCCACGCUUGUGUCUGUGAGGAUGGAGUGACGUGUAAUCAACAAGGUGCCAGGAGUCAGACCAGCAAGGAAGUAAACUUAGGAUCUGCAGCCAUCGGAGUGCUGCUGCUGGGUCUGCUGCUCUUACUACUCAUCCCUUUGUUGAUGCUCUUCUGCCAGUGUGGGGACACUGCAGGUUUUCCAGACCUCUUUACCGAGAUGCCUUUCGACACCAAGACACGCCUCAUUAACUACCACACUGAGCACCUGGGAGAGAAACCGGAAGCAUCACUACUGGACAUGCCAAAACAAGUGAAAGGAGAUAUGGUCACCGUGGGUAUGGGCGCAGCUAAGAAGGCUGUUGCAAUAGCACCUUUGGCAGCUUUGGAUUUCCAUCAUUCAUUCACUUCUGUGAACGAGAUGAAUGGGGGCAUCUUUCGAGAAGAUUUUACAAGUGUCCAGAGAGAAGGAAUGCAGUGGAUGAACCAGGUGGACGGCUUUGGCUUCUCCUCUGAGACUGAGGGCAGAGAAUCACAUGGAGGUGAAGAAAUGUUUGACCUCAUGUCUCUGCCAGACCACUUCCUGGGACAGUACUACAGUCAGGUGACCAGUAGAUUUGACGGCUUUAAAGUAAAGGACGAUCUGAUGAUGUAUGACGAUGAAGGCAAGGGCUCCUCUGCUGGCUCGGUGGGCUGCUGCAGCCUUCUCGAAUCUGACAAUGACUUACAGUUCCUCGAUGACCUCGGGUUAAAAUUCAAGACCCUCGCUGAGUUGUGUGGAGGCAAGAAAAUCCAGGUUGAAGAAGUCAAAGUGCUCUCUCCUCCACCCGGUUCCUCUAUCUCCAGUGCUCAGACCUCGGUAUCAAAUGUGGUAGCGACCCAACAGUUGCCCCCUCCACCCAAGCUGCAGCCAACUAUCCCCAAAGCAGAGCAGGCUGUGGUCAGGAAGACAACUCAGAAUUCUCAGUUGGUCAGGGAAAGUGCCCCCAUAGUGAGGGAAGAGAUGACUACAGUCAAAACAGGGAUGGUAAAUCAAAACCAGAUGCUCCUACUACAGCAGCAGCAGCAGCCUGUCUACUACAACAGCAUUCCUAUGUUACAGCCGAUGCACUAUGUCAUCCAGCCACAGGUUCAGAACACCGUACUGCUGGCUGAGGCACCAGCCACCAACAUGCAAGGUGUGGUGCUGGUUCAUAACACCCAAUCUGGACCUUCCCCAGGAGUAGUCAUUCAAGGGCAGACAAUGAUGUCCAGUGGACCAGCGCCAGGCUCAGGCAUGGUACUGGUGGACAACAGUGGGGUCCAUGGGAGCUGUGCCAACCUGAUCUCCACUGGAAACUUCUCUGAUGUCAACGGUGGCGGUGCUAACCAGAUCCACACUGGUAACUUCUCUGAUGUCUAUGGGAGCUCUGCCAACCUGAUCCACACCGGCAAUUUCUCGGAUGUCAGCGGUGGCGGUGCUAACCUGAUCCACACUGGCAAAUUCUCUCAUGUUAAGAGGAGCUGUCCUAACCUGGUCCAGGCUGCCAAAUUCUCUGAUGUGUACGGUGGCUGUGCCAACCUGAUCCAAACCAGCAACUUGUUUGGCCCCCAGCCCAUGAUGGUUGUCGAAGGCAACGUCCCUUCAGGAUCAAUGAACAUACAAAAGGGGAGCCAGACAUGUUUUGUUCAAGGAGGUACUGUACAGCCAGAAGGGAUUUCAGGAUCUCAGAAACUCCUGGAGAGAAUGAAGGGGGCUAAAGAGGUACGACGUGCGUCCCAGAAGAGGUCUCCAGCUUCCAAAGUGUCUCCUGCUGCAAAGGCUACCCGUUCAUUGUCUGUUGGAGCAACAAGUGUGGUGUAACUUUUGGCAAGACAAGCUCUCAGUAAUGUUCAUCACCCACUCACUCCAUGUCAGAAGUAGCUUCACUGCUUCUGAAGUAAUGAAGCUACAUUCAGUGUUGUGCUUUGUUUGGGUUAGGAAUGUGGACUAGAUGACUAGUUUCCCGAAUAUUAAUUAAUGCACUAGGCUAAAAUCACAUCACUAUAUACCAGGCUAACAAGCUAAAUUUAGCUUAAUCUGAAACUACAGACAGUCAGCUCUUUAGCAAACUGCCUCAUUCUCCUGACAUGAAAGUUGUCACACAUUUCACUUUCAUUGAGAAAGUGACCCAGGAAAUAGCCAGUCUACAGGCCAAUCAGUUGUGUGGCAAUCAUUGUGUAAAUGUAUAAAUAGAUGAAUUUCGUUGAGCUGCUUUUACACGUGCUAGCUGUGUAAUGUGCAGAGUGUAUGCACAGUGAUUCAUGUCGUGUGACAAAACAUUCAUAAAACUGACGCCACUCCUUGGCAGCUCAACUUCCUCACUUAUUUCUCGCCAUACAUUAGUGGUCCUGUUUUUGUUGGUAAAUGCCCAAUGUGUAUAUUGUUAAACCAGAUGCUGAUAAACUGAUGAAACUAGCCUCUUCCUGGUGGCUGUGGCAAAGUUUCCAUCCAUUUGUAAGGAAAUGCAUUUCCUAGCGUUGUGAUGUAAUUUAGCUGACUUUGUUGAUUACCUAAUUUAAAUUAAGCACUUGCCUCCUUUCAGCAGAGUUUGAGGGUUUCUGCUUCCGUUUUGCAGCUCUCUUCUCCAUCUCCUUUUCUGCUGCCUGUUAAGCUCAACUCCAUUUGUGUCUGUUUCCACACAGGGUUGCUCAGGUCCCUGUUUUACACGCUGGAGAGCGAAACCAGAGCUGUAUUUAAACAGACAUACAAACAGCAGAACAGACAUAGUGAAGCGAAGGAGUGACAGGUCAAGUGAAGAUAAUGUUAAACGAGUUGAAAACAACACGUUACAGUCAUUUGUUGUAUAUUGCAAUGCUUUUGUGGGCUAAUUGUGGCUAGAUUAUUUUUUGUUAACUCGUGUAGACAGCCUUUCUGGUUUCUGGUUGUAAAUGAAACCUAAAGGGAGGGGGAGACGUUGUCAACAUGCUAUUUUUGUUUUGGUCUGGGAUGCUGGUACUUUAGUUGCUUCAGUGGGUCUGAAUGUCGCGUUCAGCAGCUUUAAUAAGGGCUGGUGAAAUUUAUCAUGGCUUGCUGCUUUUCUUUCUCUGUACAUGUUUGUAAGGGGUGGGGAUGCUAUUUGUUAUCCUGCCAAGCCAAGCAACAAUUUAGUUUUAUUUGUAUCUGUUCACAUGCUUUUAUAUGGUUGUAAUGCAAGAUUUAAACCAACUACAAUACUAUAUUUCAUUUUGGGAUAGAAAGUUUUUACCAUUAUUGUAUGUGCAUUCAAUCUUGUGGCAGUUGAGCUCUUCAAUGUUUUUCAGCAUAAAUAGAUGGCAAUGUCUCAUUCAUAUUUGUGUUCCACUUUCUUUAGCGAGUGUGUGUGUGUGUGUGUGUGUGUGUGUGUGUGUGUGUGUGUGUGUGUGUGUGUACGAGCAUGUUUAUGAUUGGAAAUGGUAAAAAUGGGUUAAUUUAUUAACGUGUGUAUGGAUUCAUGUGCUGGAAUACAUUUUGGCCUAAUGAUGUCAGUCUGAAGGAUGUCUUUUGGAAAGUUUUAAUGCACACUUUAAUAAAGUCCCUGUAAAGAACA